CCAACACUAAAACCUAAUUUAGAAGUGAGCAGGCUGAAGCCAAGGGCGGGAGGGGGAGAGUGGAGAAUUACCAGUCCAGAUGACGAGGGAGAGAGGCCUCAAGAGUCAGAGUAGUGCUUAAUGAUGCUGGUGCAGGAUGGAAACCACGCGACACACAUCGCAGUGUCCACCGGAGACAGUCCAGUUCAACCGGGUGGUGUGUCGUGGCCGCGUUUUUGGAGAGACCCUCGGGAUUUCGGAUUACAUUACGCGCUGUUUUAACAGAGUCAAAUAUGACCGAGGACAGCGCCAACCACCUGACCGAUCAGCCACCUAGUCCCGGGGCUGGCAGCGUCGGACCCCCGUCCCACCACGGCUCAGACUCUGGACCCCCGAUACCUGCCGAGAAGUCCGACGGAACCGCGCCAACUACGCACACAGCAGAGCGCUGUCCGGAGGGGGGCGAUCGGCGGGUCCCGACCUGUAUCCGCGACGCCGUGUCGCAGGUGCUGAAAGGGUACGACUGGUCGCUGGGGCCCAUGUGCGCCCCGCGGGGGGAGAGGGGCCAGAGGAGCCGGACGCAUGUGAAGCGGCCCAUGAACGCCUUCAUGGUUUGGGCGCAGGCCGCGCGCAGGACGCUGGGGGGGCAGCACCCUAACCUGCACAACGCGGAGCUCAGCAAGACCCUGGGGAGAGUCUGGCGGUAAGCAGGUCACCGGGGGGACGGUCGAUUAACGGUGGAGAUGAGCAUCAAACGCGUACAAUUUUUCGUACAUCUGAAUUGUAAUUUGGAAUUUUCUGGACGUGUUUCAUGCAAGUAAAGCAGCGGGGAUAUCGUUUAAGUUAAAACAAUUUAACCUUCUUAUUUAUUGCAUUAUAUUGUACUGUUCCCGGUAUUUCGUAAUGGAUAUUUUUCCUAAUAAGCAGAAUCAAAAGAUGUGUAUCCAAUCAGAAAUAUGUAACUUUUCCUUACGACUACUGCCACUGGUUUCUUUCCUAUUCACGACGGUCCCACACGACGUGGAAAGAGUUGAUCUACUGAUAUAUCCACUCCAGUAGAAACAGCCAACCGUCAUGUAUUAUAGUAUUACUAUUUAAGUAGAAGUUAAUUAAUUAUUAGUAGGCCUAUAAGAAUUACAAAGUAACCGGAAGGUUGCUAGUUCGAUCCACGGA